AUGAUGUUCCUUCAGAAGCUGGCGGGCUAUCCCCGCCUGCUUAUGGCAGGUAAACCAUCGCAACUCGACAUAGGCAUGCUAUUGACUGGUCUGGCCAGUGCGAUAGCAUCUGGUGUCCCGUUCCCUAUCAUCGGUAUAAUCUUUGGUCAACUACUCGAUGACUUCAACUCUGUGAGCUGUGAUGAAAGUAGCGGCACAAGCACUUCAGAGUCCAAUGCGAGCUACCAAAGCUCUAUCAACAGCAAGAUCUUGUUGAUUGUCUACCUGGCCAUCGCCCAAUUUGUCUUGAUUUAUGCCCACCUCACAUGCUGGACCAUGUACGGUGCCCGUUUGUCUCAGAGGCUACGAGAGAAUUAUCUGCAAAACCUGCUUCGACAAGAGCCAUCGCACUUUGACGACUUGCCGCCAGGCGAGGUUGCUUCUCGACUCAGUAGCGAUAUUCAAACCAUUCGUUCAGGCACAUCAGAGAAAGUCGGCAUUGUUAUCGCUGCCUUCUCAUUCUUUAUCACUGCUUAUAUCGUCGCUUUCAUCAAAUACUGGGAACUUGCGGCAAUUCUCCUCUCAUUAAUUCCCGCCUAUCUCUUGAUGUCCUUCGUUGGUAGUCACUACAUCGAGAAGUACACCGGGCUGAUGUCGGAUUAUGCUGCCUCCGCCGCAACCAUUGCCUCAGAGGCACUUUCAAACAUUGUCGUAGUGCAGGCCUUUGGUGCGAAUACCCGACUCGAGGAAAAGUUCUCGCGAGCUCUCAAGCUAGCGGAGCAUGAAGGCUUGAAGAAGGCCGCAGCCGUUGGCACGCAGUCUGGAGUCCUGUACUUCAUCGCGUACGGCGCCAAUGGUCUGGCCUUUUGGCAAGGUGCUCAGCGAGUUGCGGAUGCAGUGAAUGGUGGCUCUGGCGAUGUUACUGUUGGCUCUACUUUUACCGUGAUUUUCAUUUUGAUUGAAGCCACUUUGAUGUUGAGUCAGGUUGCGCCAUUCCUCCAUCUAUUCGUCCAAGCCGUUGCCUCCUACGCAAAACUGCGUGAGGAUAUUGACCGCCAGCCCCUAAUCGAUGGCACUACCACUUCAGGUCUCCGGAUUUCGCAGGCAGAGGGUGGCUUCGAGCUCAAAGAUGUCUCUUUCAUUUAUCCAUCCCGACCUGAGAUCAAGGUCCUGGAUAAUAUCACCAUCUCCUUGCCCGCUAAGAAGCACACUGCUCUCGUUGGUCUUUCUGGAAGUGGCAAGUCCACUAUCGCAGGCCUGGUCACUAGGCUUUAUGAUCCAACGGAAGGUCAAAUCUUUUUCGAUGGCAACGAAUUACGCGAUGUCAACCUUCGCGACUUGCGAGGCUUUUGCAGUCUUGUUCAGCAAGAGCCUUCUCUUCUCGACCGCUCUCUACUCGAAAAUAUCGCACAUGGUCUUAUCAACUCCAGUAACCCCAGUCAUGAACACUUGAAGGAUACACUCCUAAGCCCUGCCCUUGACGAACUAGCGUCGGAAGUCAGGGACGGCAAAGAUCUCAUGACAGCAGCAGAGGCUCGGGGCCAGGAAGUUGUCGAAAUCGUGAACCUCGUGCAAAAAGCGGCGGUCCUGGCAGAUGCUGAUGGAUUCAUCUCGAAGUUGCAAUACGGAUACGGUACGUCUGUCGGUUCGAGCGGACGCCUUAUUAGUGGUGGCCAGAAGCAACGCGUGUCACUUGCUCGAGCUUUGGUCAAGGACCCUGCAGUCCUCAUCCUGGAUGAAGCGACAGCUUCUCUAGAUUCGCGAAGUGAACAACGCAUCCAAAAGGCAAUCAAUAACAUCUCUACCGGCCGGACUGUGAUUACAAUUGCCCAUCGUCUCUCAACAAUUACCAACGCCGACAACAUCAUUGUCAUGCACAAGGGUAACCUUGUGGAGCAGGGCAAUCAUGCGACCUUGAUGGCUCUAAAUGGAACCUACGCUGAACUCGUCAACCUUCAAACUCUUGGAUCUUCGUCUUCAACCGAUGCUUCGUCAAGCAAAGACACUGCCAGCAGGUCGGAUGAAGUCUCUUUGACCGAUACGGAGAACGAGAAGAUCGGAUUAUCGCAGGAACUUGAAAAGCAAGAGGUGACACAAGUGUCGGCUACUGAAACUCCUGCACCGGAUUCGAGCGAAGAGGAACCUGAGCCAGAGACUCCACGUAAAUCAUUGUGGGCAUUGCUGAAGGGCUACGGACCAGCAGUGAGACCCCAUAUCUUGAUGAUCUUCGUGGCUCUCCUCGGCGCAAGCAUCGUCGGUGGAGCUUUCUCUGGAGAGGCCGUCAUUUUCGGAAAUACAGUUGGCAGUUUGAAUCCUUGCAAUGGAGCGGCUAGCAUUCGGUCUCGCGGGAGCUUCUACGGCCUGAUGUUCUUCAUUUUGGCCAUUAUCGAAUUUUUCGCAAACUUUGCCAGUUGGACUGGAUUCGGCUGGGUUUCUGAAAAAGUUGUGUACGCAGUCAGGGUUCUGUCUUUCCGGUCAUUGUUUGAGCAAGACCUGCAGUGGCACCAGUCGAAUGGCCGAACUCCCGCCAUGCUUUUAUCCUAUAUCACUCGAGACGGCAACGCCCUGGCUGGCCUGAGCGGCUCUGUUAUUGGCUCGCUAUUCUCUAUUACAGUCAACCUCAUCGCUGCAAUUAUCCUCACUCACAUCAUCGCCUGGAAGAUUGCGUUGGUCUGUCUCGCUUUGGUGCCACUUCUCCUUGGAGCUGGCUUGAUGGAGCUCCAUGUGCUUGGGAAGUUUGAGGAACGCCACGAAAAUGCCUACACUAAAUCUGUGGACAUUGGUACGGAGGCAAUUACGUCUAUCAAGACAAUCGCCUCAUUGUCUCUUGAGGAGGAGACAUUGAAGACCUACCGGCGAUCAUUGAAGGGACCUCGCCAGGAGACUUUCAAGGUCACCGUGCUCGCAAGUCUCUGGCAGGCUAUCACCUACUUCCUUGGCAACUGCGUGAAUGCCCUCGCAUAUUGGUGGGGUGCCAAGCAGAUCAUUGCAGGAACCUAUACCCAGACACAGUUCUUGAUUGUGGUGUUCUCGCUUCUUGUCAGUGCACUUCUGUGGAGUCAAAUGUUUGCUCUCGCGCCCGAGCUUUCCAACGCUCGCGCUGCAAUGGCAAGAAUUCUGAGUCUGAUUGAAAUUGGCAAGGACGGAAUGCAAGCACGCAUCCGUGCUCCUUCUCUGACCGAGACCGCAGAGACAGACCCCGAGGCUACAGGGGAACACAAGCCUACUAUUUCUGGCGGCGCUUCAAGCGUGCAAUUCCGCGACGUUCACUUCGCAUACCCCGCUCGGCCAGAUAUUACAGUGUUGAACGGUUUGAGCCUUGAUAUUCGACCUGGCAAAUUCUGUGCCCUUGUCGGACCCAGUGGUGCUGGUAAAUCCACCAUCAUUUCGCUCGUCGAAAGACUCUACAAGCCUGCAUCAGGCGGUAUCAUCAUCGAUGGUGUCGACGUGACCAAGCAUCAAGACGUGGCGUUCCGUGAGUCGAUUGCUCUGGUUCCACAAGAAAGUGUUCUCUUCGAGGGAAGCAUCAAGUUCAAUAUCGGCCUCGGUGCUAGACCUGGCCAUGAAGCAACCAUGGAAGAGAUUCAGGAAGCAUGCAAACUUGCGAACAUCCACGAGGUCAUCAUGGGAUUGCCUGAUGGCUACGAAACCCUCUGUGGACCGAAUGGUAACCAGUUCUCCGGAGGCCAGAAGCAACGGCUCUCUAUCGCUCGAGCACUCGUUCGGAAGCCCAAGCUCCUGAUUCUUGACGAGUCCACCAGUGCCCUGGAUGCUGAAUCGGAGAAGCUCCUGCAAGAUGGCCUCGAGAAGGCUGCCAAGGGAAUCACGGUCAUUGCGAUUGCCCAUCGUCUGCACACUAUCCGCAAGGCCGAUACCAUCUUCUUGAUUGAGGGUGGGCAGUGCAUUGAUCAUGGGUCCCAUGAUGAAUUGCUCGAACGGUCGGAGAGUUACCGGGCGAACGUCAUGCAUCAAACCGUGGCGACAUGA